UAAAGGCAGGUUACCAUGAGGUGGUAGUGACAGAAUCCACGCUUAAAGCUAUUGAAGAUGCAAAGAAAACUCGACCAGACAGACCUUUAUGGAGGGUAUCUUCAACUUUCUUUUUUCAUAUUGCAAGCGACAAUCUGUUGCUUCCAUUAAAACCGUUUAAACCCAACGCGCUUUAUCCACCGAUCCUCGCCGGUAAUCAAGUGAAUCAUGAAUUGGGGCAGAUUAAUCUAAUGGAAUC